AUGUGGGAACACCCCAAUUCCAGAAGGCGCUCACCUUCAAACUCACCUGAUGUAUUCGACCGCCAUUAUCGGCGCAGGUCGGCAGCUUGUCAUCCACGUUGUUCCCGUCAUCGUUCACGGUCUGCGCGGCGGUCCCACAGAAGUGCCUGCUCCAUAUCGUCUCGCUGGCGGUCACCUUCAUCAUCGGAGGUCAGCUCCUGCAGCGAUACCGCUCGCAGGUCUCAUUCACGACGCAGAAGGGGUGCCCAUGCAUCAGCUGCACGGUCUUCUCGCGGGGCCAGCCGGGCCAGCACGGUUCAGGAUCCGAAUCCUCCAAUCGCUCCAGUGGAACCUCCAGGUCCUUCUACUACCGGAGUUCCGGACCCUAGUGCCAGGAGCUUCACCGGAGGGCUCCAUGUGCCAGGCCCAUCUCUGGGACAUCCCGCUGAGCAAGUGAUGCUUCUCAUCAGAGCCUCAGUGGCUCCUAGGCCCUGGACGGGUUAUGAUUCCCCUCGACCCACGGUCUGUUUUGUGGGGCAUUCGUACCUGUUCUGGGCUGGUCAGAGAGCUGAAUCAAGACCCGGCGGUCGGUGCCUGGGUUUCCGGAAUGUGGAAGUCAUUUGGCGUGGCCUUCGCUGGUCGCAGGUUUUGCCGGAAACGGUUUACCUCAGCACGUUUGCACGCUCCCCUGUGAUUCUGGUGAUCCAUGCCGGGGGUAAUGACCUCUGCUUGCUGAAAGUAGCAGAGCUCAUUACCCUCAUUAGAGCAGAUUUGGAAAGAAUUCCUACUUUCUUUCCCGAAGUGGUUAUUGUAUGGUCUGAGAUGAUCCCCAGGGUCACUUGGCAGGGUGCGAGGGAUUCCGGUUCAAUUGAAGAAGGUCCAUUAAUGCUAGAAUAUCCCGUUUUGUUCGAUCCCGGGGUGGAGUAGUUAUUCGUCACUACCAGCUGGAGGGUGACAACCAGCGUUUGAUGCGGCCCGAUGGUGUGCACCUCAAUGAUAUUGGCUUAGACAUUUUCCUCUCUGGCCUGCAGGAUGGGGUUGAGCAAGCCUUGUUUUUGCUGUGUGGGGGUCGGAGCUCCGUGUAGAGGUCGGAGGAUUACAAGAGUUACAACGGAGGGGAAGGCGGACUUGCGCACCAAUGUUUGGUGUGGCAUAGCGCUUCUCGCACUCCGGGGACCGGAUUUGGGCCGGGCAGUUUAUAGUUGAUGGUUAUUCUUAAAGGAUUGAGUCUAAAAUAAUGAAUAAGAAUAAAGCUGUGACCGACCUUUCACCCACAAAAAUUUGUCUGUUAGUGUCAUUUUUCCAGGCAGAGAGACAGGAGUUUGUGUGAGG